AAAAAUUUUCCUUUACUUUUUUCUCUCUACCAUGAGUGAAAAUCAAGGGGAAAAAAAACAAAAGUUUACGAAAAAGUUUACGAAAAAGUUUAAAAAUAGUUAUAUAAAAGUUAAAGAAAUGAUUAAAAGGAAACGUAAUAUACCAAAUGAAAAUAUUCAACAACAUGGCAACAAUGAAAUUAAGGAAGAGGAAACAGAUACGAGUUCAAACUUACAACAAAAUCAACCUGUAGAAGGAAAUAGAGAAAUAAAACAUAAAAAUGAGAGCAUUGAUGAAGAACCUGAAAAAAAGAGACCCAGGAAAGAGAAAGAGAUUGAACAUGAUGAUGAUUCUAGUUCACCCAUAGAACCCAUAAACAACGACGAGAGCAUAGAAAUGAAACAGCGUAUAAAACAACUCGAGGAAGAAUUAAGCGAACAACAAAAACAUAAAAUUGAACUAGAAAAAUUAAAGCAAUCUCACAAAAAACUUGAAGAAGAAAAAGUAAUUCUUGUGAGUUCAAUUGAAAGUUAUAAGGCAAAUUAUGAGACAACUGCUAAUAAUAUUGAUUCUUUACAAAAACAAUUGGAAGAGAAGGAUACUGAAUUGAAAGGAAAGGAAGAUGAGUUUAUUAAGUUAGAAGAAAAAAAUGCCGAACUUAGAAAAGAAGCAUCCAAAUAUCAGUCAGCACUUGGUAACGCAACAAAUACUCGUCUUGGUGAUGAAGAUUCCGUUAAAUUUCGAGACGAUAUCUUAAGUAUACAGAAGACAUUGGAAAAUUAUGUAACUAAUUUGAAACCUAAUAUGGAUAUUGAUUAUGAAAAAGUACAAGUCCUUGCGCAAAAAUAUGGUUGUUCAACACCAGUAGAUAAAGGUCAUAAACCCUUUAUCAAAGCACUUUUACAACGCAAAGCAUUAGAUGAUAUAUUGGAACUUUCUAAGGAUUCUAAGGAUUCUGCUAAUAAAGCAAGUCGUUCUGGAACCGAUGAAAUCGCUAAAGUAGCAUCGAUAAAAGUACGUCAGCAGGUUUAUGGAAUUCUUGGUAACCGUGGGUUUGCUGAUGUCACCGAUUCCAAAGGAAGUCAUAUACAUGACUUUAUAAUUUACGUCAUUGAUAAUCUUAAUAAUACGAUGAAUCAGUAUCGUAAAAUUAAUGAUCCUGCUAAGAAAAAUGACACAGAAUCAAUAGCACCGAAGCUUAUCCAAGAUAUCUACAAAUUAUUUUUUUAUCUUGUAAAUGUCCAAGAACCUAGAGUUGAAUAUAAAUUUUGUGAAAUUGGUUCUAAAAUUGAUCCUAAUGUUAUGAAAGGAAAUUGGGAUGAGGAUGAUGUUCCUCAAUUAUGUGUAGAUAUUUGUAGUUUUCCAAUGAUUGGGCGUGAUUUGGAUUCCCCAAAUUGGAAAAUAUACACACAUGCAAAGGUAUUUCCGCACGAUCCUAGUAAAACAAGUUAAGAGAUUUUCGUGAUCCCAUAUACAUAUACACAUAUACAUAUAGUGUAGUGACAAAUAGUGAUACAGUAAAUAUAAUAUAUUUUUGUAUUUUUAUAAAACAGAACUUUUAUUUUAAUAUAU